GGCAAAGACUUGUAACUUUAAUGAACUGAGAGAUUCAAUGAUUCGUGACCAAAUUGUUUUUGGUAUUUAUGAUAAGAAACUGAGAGAAAGAUUAUUACGAGAAUCAGAACUCACCUUGGAUUAUGCUGUCAAAUUGUGUCAGUCCAGUGAAGUAGCGAGACAGCAAGUGAAGCAGUUUGAUGGCACUAAUGCAGCCGCUAUGUCCUUUCAGAGUGUAGAAGUUGACGCCAUUUCAUUCAGAGAUAAGAGAAGAGGUAACACAAGAGGUUUCAGAGAUACUGAUAAUGAAACAUUCUCAUGCAAGCGCUGUGGGACCAAACAUAAGUUCAGACAGUGCCCAGCUUUCGGAAAAAAAUGUUCCAAGUGCAAUGGCCCUAACCAUUUUGCAAAAAUGUGUUUUUCCAAAGAUGUGAAGAGGGAAAAUAAAGUGCAUUUAGUGGAGGAGGCAUAUGACAGUGAUUUAAGUGACUCAUUUUAUGUGAACAUUGUUUCUGAAGAGAAAGUAAAUCAGGAUGCUGAACCGUGUGUAUCAAGUGAUGAUUCAGUCAAGUCUUCAAUGUGGAUUGUUCCUCUUGUGGCUAAUGGGACCGUAGUACCCUUUAAAUUAGAUACUGGUGCAAAAGUUAAUCUAAUUAACAUCAGAGAUGUGAAAGCAUUGAAAGAAAAACCUCUAAUCAAAAAACGUACAGUUCCCCUCAAAGCCUAUAAUGGACAACCAAUUGAAACGAGAGGAGUAUGCAGAUUAAAAAUACAAGUAAAAGGAAAGAUGAAAAGUUUGAUGUUUGUUGUCGUUCCCAAUGGUCAUGAAUCUCUUCUAGGGGAUAAAGCGUGUGAAGACCUUCAUUUGGUUAAAAGAGUAUAUCAGGUCAACAAGAAAACCGUAGUCUGUGACAAUGUAAUGGAUAUAGUCAAACAAUUUUCUGAUGUUUUUGAAGGUCAAGGUACAUUACCAUUUACCUAUAAAAUACAGUUGAAAGAUGAUGCUUCUCCAGUCAUUCAUGCUCCUCGGCGGGUUCCUGCCCCUCUUCGUGAAGCUUUGAAACAGGAAUUGGAUCGCAUGACUCAACUGGGAGUUAUCCAACGGAUUGAACAACCUACAGAUUGGGUAAAUUCUAUAACUUGUGUGAAGAAGCCCAAUGGUGAUUUAAGAGUGUGUUUAGAUCCUAAAGACCUAAAUGAUAACAUCAAACGAGAACAUUACCAGAUACCCACCCGUGAAGAGAUAAUUAGUGACAUGUCAGGAGCUCAGUUUUUUAGCAAAUUAGAUGCCUCUCAAGGAUUCUGGCAGAUCCGGUUGGAUUCUGAGAGUAGCCAGUAUUGUACAUUUAAUACUCCCUUUGGAAGAUAUUGUUUUCUCCGUCUUCCUUUUGGCAUCAAAUCAGCUCCAGAGAUUUUUCAUCGAGCCAUGGAAACCCUUAUUGAAGGUCUAGAGGGUGUUCGAGUAUACAUUGAUGAUAUUGUGGUGUGGGGGUCCACCCUUCAACAACAUAAUCAGCGACUAGUAAAAGUUAUGGAAAGAAUUCGAGCACAUGAUUUGAAGCUCAAUCAGAAAAAGUGUCAAUUUGGAGUCACAGAGAUCACGUUCUUAGGUGACAAGUUAUCUGCAAAAGGUGUGGAGCCACAUCCAGCAAAAGUGCAAGCCCUCCUUGAUAUGCCUCCACCUACUGAUAAGAAGGGAAUUCUGCGUGCUUUGGGAAUGGUGAACUUCCUGGGAAAAUUUCUGCCAAAUCUUUCAGCCAAAACUACCCAUAUGAGAAAGUUGUUACAAAAUGAUCAGGAGUUUGUCUGGACUUCAGUACAUGAUCAAGAAUGGAAGCAGUUAAAGGAGACUCUUACUACUGAACCUGUUCUUGUUUUUUUUGAUCACACAAGACCAACUAAGAUCUCCACAGACGCCUCUCAGGAUGGAUUGGGAGCGGUGCUUCUUCAGGCCUUUGAGGAUUCCUGGAGACCUGUGGCCUAUGCUUCUCGAUCUAUGACAGAGACUGAAAGACGAUAUUCACAAAUAGAGAAGGAGACCUUGGGUUUAGUAUUUGGCUGUGAAAAGUUUCAUGGAUAUGUAUAUGGAUUACCUACUUUUACAGUAGAGACGGAUCAUAAACCAUUAAUCUCUAUCAUUCAAAAGAACUUAAAUGAUAUGUCACCUCGAAUUCAACGCAUGAUUAUGAAAUUACAAAGAUAUGAUCUGAAUCUAGUUUAUACACCUGGAAAGUAUAUCAUUGUGGCUGAUGCACUGUCUCGAGCACCAGUAGCUUCGGAGACCAGCAAAAUGGACGAAAUUGAGAGACAUGUGAGUAUGGUGUAUUCAGCUUUACCAGUUUCAGAUGAGAUGCUAAAGCUUAUCGCAGAGGAAACCGCAAAGGAUACCGAACUACAGAGGGUUAUUGCAUACCUUCAACAUGGAUGGAUCAAAGGCAAGUGUCCACAGUACUUUCCUUUAAGGGCAGAAUUGAGUGUGGUUGAGGGCAUGCUGUUGAGAAAAAACAGAAUUGUCAUUCCAGUAUCAAUGCGUCAAGACAUGCUUCGUCGAAUUCACGAAGGACAUCUUGGUAUUGAAAAAUGCAAGCGAAGAGCUAGACAAGCUGUUUUUUGGCCUGGAAUUAAUGUGCACAUUGAGAAAUACCUCAGUCAGUGUGAUGUCUGUUUAAAUCAUCAUUAUAAACAGGCUAAAGAACCUAUGAUGAUAGCUGCUCAUCCUACUGAACCGUGGGAAAAAGUAGGAACUGAUCUUUUCCAGUUGAAUGGUAAGGAUUAUUUGGUGGUUAUCGAUUAUUAUUCCAAUUAUCCUGAAGUUGAACAGCUUCAUCACACAACAUCAAAUUACGUGAUUCAAUGCAUGAAAAGCAUCUUUGCAAGGCAUGGAAUUCCUCAUAUUGUGCAAAGUGACAAUGGUCCUCAGUACACAAGUCGUGAAUUCCAACUGUUUGCAGAGCAGUAUGGCUUUAAACAUACUACUUCAAGCCCUCUUUAUCCAAAGGCAAAUGGCAAAGCAGAAAAAGGGGUCCAAAUUGUAAAAAGACUUUUGAAAAAAGCUGCAGCAAGCAGUUCUGAUGCAAAUCUGUCUCUCUUGAGUUACCGUUCUUCUCCACUCAGUUGUGGAUUAUCUCCUGGUGAGUUGUUGAUGAACCGAAAACUGCGUGACACACUACCAAAGUUAUCCUUGAAAACCGAAAACAACAGUCUAUCAUUGAAAAAGAUGCAACAUUUUAAAGAGAAGCAGAAAGAAUAUUAUGACAAGGGAGCUCGACAUCUGAAAUCUCUUUCUGAACGAGAUACAGUUAGAAUUGAGGAGCCCACUGGAUGGAGAAAGAAAGCUACAGUCUUAAAAGAGGUAAAUCCAAGAUCAUAUCUGGUUCAAACAGAAGAUGGACAAACAUUGCGGAGAAAUCGACAGAGCUUGCUUAAGACUCCAGAGAAAUGUCCUCUUGUUGAUGAGCCAACCCUGUCUGCAAAACUGCAGUCUUGUGAAAUGCCUCUUGUUGAUCUGCAACGUCAUGAAAUGCUAUCUCCAGGUGGCAGUAAUGUAAUAUAAGAUGACGUGCAUUCCCUAGAGGGAGAGUUGUAAUGGAGACAU